CAAGAAGCUUGUGUGCACGGCGUUCUCCGACGGCUCUCUCACGCUUCAAAGUCUUCUUCAGUCUUUCUCCACUCACAACGCCACAGCCAUUCUCGUUUUUUUUCUUUUUUUUCUUCUUCUACUUCUCUCAGCUCUUGUAUCAAACACUUGGUAGAUCUGAUAUUGCUCUGCAUCAAAAACUUCAUCUUUCAUUGUUUCUCUCUUGUUUUAUACUUCACUCUUCACCACCUCCUCCGGUGAUUCCAUGGAGAACGCAGACGUUUUUGGAUCAUCAACGGCGCCGCUCACCUGGCAUGAUUUUCUGGAGCGGAUGCGACAGCCUUCAGCAGCCGAUUUUGUCAAAUCCAUCAAGAGCUUCAUUGUGUCAUUUUCAAACAAUCCACCCGAUCCAGAAAAGGAUAGUGCUGCUGUACAGGAGUUCCUUCACAACAUGGAAGGGGCUUUCAGGGCUCAUUCACUUUGGGCUGGUUGCUCAGAGGAGGAGCUGGAGAGUGCUGGUGAAGGACUGGAAAAGUAUGUUAUGACAAAAUUAUUUACCCGUGUAUUUGCAUCACUUCCAGAAGAUGUAAAAUGCGACGAGCAACUUUCUGAGAAGAUGGCUUUAAUACAACAGUUCAUUCGGCCAGAAAAUUUGGAUAUCAAGCCAACUUUCCAAAAUGAAACAUCAUGGCUGCUUGCGCAGAAAGAACUCCAAAAGAUUAAUAUGUACAAGGCUCCAAGGGACAAACUUGUUUGUAUUCUCAAUUGCUGUAAGGUCAUCACCAAUUUAUUGCUCAAUGCUUCUAUUGCUUCAAAUGAGAAUCCACCUGGUGCUGAUGAAUUCCUUCCAGUACUUAUUUAUGUUACUAUAAAGGCAAAUCCUCCACAAUUGCAUUCAAAUUUGCUGUAUAUACAAAGAUACAGGCGUCAAUCACGCUUAGUCUCAGAAACGGCCUAUUUCUUUACAAACAUGCUCUCUGCAGAGUCAUUUAUCUCAAACAUUGAUGCAAAAUCCCUUUCUAUGGAUGAAACUGAGUUUGAAAAGAACAUGGAAACUGCACGGGCACUUCUCUCAGGCCUUUCAACUGAUUUACAAGGUCUCCUGAGAAUGGAGUCCAUAGAGGCCAAACCACAGACUUUGAAUUCUAGGAAGGAAAGAAACAGUUCCCUUCCUGCGUCGCGACAUCAUCUUCCAACUCGACCAUCUGCACGCAAGUUUGAGAAUAAGGAAGAAAUGGAUGUAAAGGAUCAGUCACUGGUAACAAAAAAGUUGUCCAUCUCAGAUUUGGAGAAGAAAGGUGCAACUGAACUUUUGAAGGAGGAUCAUUUGAGCAGAGCAUUUAGCGAAUACCGAUACUUGUAUGCACAGGUUGGCGAUCUAACAAUCAAUGAUGUAGACGACCUGCUCAAUAGUUACAAACGACUUGUUUUCAAGUAUGUUUCUCUUUCGAAAGGGAUGGGUGCAGCUACUUCAUCUUCUCCAGAACCUGUUUUCCAAACCCAAGCACUAAUCCAUGCUGAAACAAAAGAGGACACAAGAGCAAUGGGAGAGGAGAACAAUAGAAAGAAUGAUGUUUUAAAUGGAGGCUCACUUGCAGGAAUGGAUAAGUCUGGAUCCGACCUACCACAAGAUGAAACAGUGACCGAUCAAGGAAUCGAUAAACCUAAGCCAGACCUACCACAAGAUGAAACAGUGACAGAUCAAGCAAUGGAUAAACCCAAAUCUGACCUACCACAAGAUGAAAGAGUGACAGAUCAAGCAAUGGAUAAACCCAAAUCAGACCUACCACAAGAUGAAACAGUGACAGAUCAAGGAAUGGAUAAAGCUAAAUCAGAUGAAACAGUAGCAAAUCAAGGUAGAGAAAAUGAUGAGAGUUCCAAACAAUGACUGUAAUAUAGGUGGUUUUGUGGUGUUAUCAGUUUCCACCGCAAUGGAUUGAUGGCCAUCACAACAAUGUUUUGGCUCUGUCUGCUUAAUGAAUGGUAGGCUAUUACCACUCAGUACUGCACCUCGGAUCGCAACAACCAAAAAUUAGUGAAUGGGCAUUGCCAGGAAGACAUGAAAAAUGAGAAAUUUAUUGCCAUUC